CCCGAAUAAUCGGGACGGAAAUCACCUGUCACGCGCCGCAAAAUGGAAUAAAUGAUCAGUCUUAACUUUGGAUAUUUCUUUGCUAGUCGUAAAAUGCGUGCAUGAUUACACCAUGGAUAGAAUAGCAACAUUCAUUCAAGAGAAUUUAAAUGGAUAUAAUUUACCCGCAGAUGAUCUUGUAGAAAUACGCGGAAUUCUUCUACGAAGAUUUGGAGCAAAAUUCUCCGAUGGUCUCUCUCCAGAAGGACGUAUAGCCAUGGAACAAGCUGCAAAACGUGAAGUGGAAAGUGCUGCAUGUUUACAUAGGAUAAAAGGAGAUAGUAAUGAACCUAAUCAAGACGCAAAGGCGACCGAUGAUACAACUAAAUCAUUAAUGAAAUUGAAUUCGUUUACAGACACGAAUGACAAAGAUUCACCUUUGAUGUAUACCGACAUUACUGAUGAAUCAAAUAAAACAAUAACACUGACGAGAAAAGAUUCUGAUGGAAUUGUUUAAAACUGAAAUUAUUAUAGUGACGAUUUAGUUUAACCCGAGCAAGGUUUAAGUUAAGAUGUAGUGAAAAUGGAUCAUAAUCGUAAUUCUUUAUUCAAUUUAUAUGAAAACUUAGGAUUUAAAGAUAUUCUGAUAUCCAGAAUUUGAAAAUUAUCGGACUUAUUUUCUGUCACUUCUGUUACAAAAUAUGUGGUAAAAAUCUUGAAUAAUCACUUGAACUAUACUAUCUAUAUAUUGUAUCAAAAAUAAAAUGAAAUGUAUGCGCUUUUACUAUGAAAGCAUUAUUUUCGGUUGGACAUUUUUAAACAAAAGAAAACAACAAAAAAACCUACAUUACUAAAAUGAGUUUCAGACACUAAAUAAAAUGUUAUCUUCUUACAGUUCUAAGUAUGCCAAAUCUUUUAAUGCCAGUUUUAAUAAG